CUCUUAUAUAAAUUUACAUUUCUUAGAAGAAAAACUUGAUGAAUUGUUUAGUCUCGAUAAUAUGAAAAUUCGUUUAACUGCUCGAUAUAAUAUUGUAAAAAUUAGUGCAUGGUGUGUUUAUUUCGUUUAAAUCUUAAACCCAGUAACGAGAAGUUGGAUUAAGUAAAAGAUAUUGUUAUACCGAGGUGCAUACAUUGCAUACAUCGCAAUUUAAUAAAAGUGACUGUCUUUCGAAGAAAUGAUUGCGCACUGGUGUUUUGUCUCGCUGCUAUGUUAUGGAUUCGUCGUUCAAAUAAAUGGUCUAUUUCGCACCCGCGGAAUAUUCUCUCCGAGAACCGAAUCCAAUCUAUUGGUCGAAAAUAAAGUAAAACAGAAUGGUUACCCUUUUGAACUUCACCAUGUAACAACUGAUGACGGGUACAUAUUGGCUGUUCAUCGGAUACCUAAUCGCUCGAAUACAACUAUUGAGAAUAAUCGAGUAGUAUUGAUCAUGCACGGAUUAUUGGGAUGUUCGAUGGAUUGGCUGAUAACGGGUCCGAAUCGAUCACUCGCUUAUCUCCUGGCUGACGAUGGCUAUGAUGUGUGGCUCGGUAACUCCCGUGGAACCACCAAUUCGAAGAACCACACGAAUCUUUCCAUAAGCAGCGCUAAAUUCUGGGAUUUCAGCUGGCACGAGAUGGGUAUAUACGAUUUGCCGGCUAUGAUAGACUAUAUAUUAUAUCAAACUGGCCAAAAGCAGCUGUUCUACGUAGGCUUUUCUCAAGGAACAACGCAAUUUUGGGUCCUUACGUCCCUCAGGCCAGAAUACAAUAAGAAAAUCAAACUUAUGUCCGCUCUAGCCCCUGUGGCUUACACCGGACAUAUUGGCGGUUUGCUGAGACCUUUGAGUUAUUUCGCGAAUUAUUUUAAGGGAUUUUACAAGUACACUGGAUAUUUUGAAAUGUUAGCGAAUACGGAAUUAGAGAAAUUCGUAACGCACAUCUUAUGCCAGAAAGACGUUUUCACUCAACCAUUGUGCCAACUGUUAGUGUCCAUGAUCGGAGGUUUUAGCAUCGGAGAGACGGAUUACGCACACUUGGAGGAUUAUCUGCAAUUUGCACCAGCAGGAUGCUCGUUCAAGCAAUUGGUUCACUAUGCAUUGGGCAUUCAGAAUCCAGGACAUUUUCGGCCUUACGAUUAUGGCACAUUACCAAAUCUCAAGUUUUACAAGCGAUUCGUUCCGCCGGAGUAUCCCAUGGAAAAAAUCACGGCUCCCGUAAUUUUGUAUAACGGCUUGAAUGAUAUUUUGGCUGCUCCAAAUGUAAUUAAAUGCAUCACUAAUUUGCCGUUGUGUAUACAAAUGAACGAAAGGAAGAUACUCUGUUGUCUUUUCAAUCUUGCAUAAAAUAUCAAAUAACAUUUUAUCAUUUAUAAUAUUUUAGGAUGUUGAGAUAUUAAAUAGAAAAUUGCCGAAUAUUUUGGAAAAAUAUACAGUGACGCUAAGGAGAUUGAAUCACUUCGAUUUCGUAUACGGUUUGCACGUACGACAGCUCGUUUAUGAUCAUCUUAUGGAAAGAAUGAAUUCCAUACCGUAAAGAUACCUAAUUAAUUUGAUUAAAUGCCUGGUAUCCUUUGCAAUUUUGACGUGACUAGGAGUUGCUUCAGGGAAGACACGAAAACUUCAAUUAAUUUUGCAUUAAUUUUAUUUCACGUUCGUCUUUCUCGUAAUCGUAUAAAUUUUGAUUACGUGUUCCUUUUUUUAGGAAAGAAAGAUAGACUUUUGUACAUUAGAGCAAGUAAUAUUAGAGUCUAUAACAUAAAGCUAUCAGUACCUACUAUUUAUUACUCAGUACCUACUCAGUACCUACUAUUUAGUAUUAUGACUUUAAUAUACUAUCUGAGAUAAAAGAUUGAGAACGCGUAUUCAAAAUUGCAACUGUACCACAAUGCUGUUUAUGUUGACGAACCGAAUCAUAGUAAAACGUUGAAGUCCAGUAGAAGCCAGUAGAAGAUGCUGAAACAAAA